AUGGUUUUCAAUUUCAUCAAGAAAAAGGUUGUCUCUUUUGCUGGUGCCACUAUCAAUCAAGUCUGCUCUGCCGUUUUUCUUUCUGCUGCCUCUGUCGCUGCUGCUGCCUCUUCUCCUGCAAUCAAGGCUAAUCAAGAUGUGUUGCCUGCUGCUCCUGUUUUGAGAACCUAUGUCUUUUUGAAAGAUGUUUACCGCGCUAGUUUCCAGCUGGCUAAGAAUGCUGGGUAUUGUAUCGUCGAGGAGCUCUCUAAAAUCAUUGUGCGCACUGCCUAUUUUUACCAGCUUCGACUUUUCGUCUAUUGCUGA